AUGGAUGCAUUACAAGAGGUCAAUGCUACGGAACUACCUUACCAAUGUGGGUGUGGUCAAUGCACGGACGUCACUCUAGCCAUCACUGGAUCUUGUCUAUUCUGGUUCACAUUCUAUAACUCAAUUCUCAUACUCUGUCCUCGUCUCAGUCCUGAUUGGACGAUUCGAAUUGUCGCUGGACUACAUGGAACUAUUUCUGCCCUCUUCUGUUUUGUGUCCGCCUUUCUCCUCGGUCCAUGGCCCUUCAGCUACAUCGGCUUCCCUCCCACGGAGUUUCAUUGCAACAUCAUCGUGUUCAGUUGUGGUUACUUCAUCUUUGACAUCCUCUGGUGUCUGUACAUGAAGACUGAAGAGCUGAUAAUGCUCCUUCAUCAUCUGUUCUCGCUCUACGGAUUCGUGCACGUUUUCAUUUUCAAUAUUUAUGGCUGUGAAGUCAUUGCCAUUCUCGGCUCCAGUGAAUUUACAAACCCUAUACUACAGUUUAGAUGGUUUAUGAAGCAAGGUGGAUUUUAUCAUGGAAACUGGGCCAAGUUCAUUGAUUACAGUUUUGUGUUUUUCUUCCUCAGUGCUCGGCUGGUGGCUGGUCUGGUACUGCUCAUCUGGUUGUGUUUGUCUUCAAGAAUGAGCCUCAUUGCAAAGUUUGGAGGUUGGAUCAUGUACGCUCUGAGUGUGGCCUUCUCUGUACAUCUCAUCAUGUUUGUUCAUCGGAAGUAUAUCUCAAAGAAACCAGGAAAAGAGGACUGA